AUGAGCUCAUUCCCUGCCAUGGCCAGGAAAGCAAUCUCUUCCCCAUACCAGGUAGAUGAACUGGCCAAGUACUUUUUGGCAGAACUGCUCUCAGAGCCAAGCCAGACAGAAAAUGAAGCCCUGGAGUCUGAGGACUUGUCCCGAGGGGCUGAGCAGGAUGAAGUGAGACUGGAGCUGGAGCGCUCGGCUAACUCAAACCCUGCUCUGGCACCCCGGGAACGCAAAGCGGGCUGCAAGAACUUCUUCUGGAAAACUUUCACAUCCUGUUAG